AUAUAAUAAAACCAUUCAAGUUCAAAUCUGUAAAGGAAGUACUAGAUACUGUUGCGUUCCUUUGCUUUUCAUCAGGGACUACAGGAAAGAGCAAAGGCACGGCAACAUCAUGUCCAACAUACACCAAUAUUCGGCUGUAGAAUCUGGGUAUGAUACUACCGAAAACCGACAUCUUGUGUUCUGUCCGCAACUCCUUUCUACCAUAUUUCCGGGCUGACUAUAUGCUUUCAUGAAGGCCGCCAUUUAUGUGCUUCAACGGUCUAAAAACUUGCUUUUUUGUGAGGCUGUGCAAAAAUACAGAAUUACCUUUACAUAUGUGGUCCCACCUAUCCUGCUUUCUUUAGCAAGAGACCGUGCCGUUGAUCGAUAUGAUUUGUCUUCAUUGGAAGCGGUGUUAACUGGUGCAGCACCUGCUGGUCCUGACUUAAUACAACAGUUCCAAGAACGGCUCAAAGGAGUCGUAGUAAAGCAAGCAUAUGGUUUGACAGAAGGAUCGGGAAUUAUCUGUGUUCAGCGAGAAAAAGAUCUUGCUAAAGGCUCAGCAGGGGUGCUUGUGCCUGGAAUACAAGCCAGAGUAGUUGAUGAAAAAGGAAAUGGAUUUGAUAGCCGUGGGGAGCUACUGGUGAAGGGACCAAACAUCAUGAAGGGAUAUCUAAAUCGUCCGGAAGAAACAGCACGGUGCAUCGAUUCUAACGGAUAUUACCAUACCGGAGAUAAAGCAAUGAUUGAUGAAAGCGGACAUAUUUUUAUUGUUGAUCGCAUCAAAGAGUUAAUCAAGUACAAAGGUUUUCAGGUUGCCCCUGCUGCACUGGAAGACUUGCUUCUAAAACAUACGGAUGUUGCCGAUAGCGCGGUAUUGUUCAUUAUGAUCUAGAGGAAGCGAAGAAAUAGUCACGGCACUGAAGCAACUCGUAGCAAAGAAAGUUGCUGCCUACAAGCAUAUUCAUAAUGUAGUAUUUUGUGAUCAACUUCCAAAAACUGUACCUGGAAAGACUCUGCGGCGUGUGUUAAGAAAGAUAGCUCCUUCUAUUCAUCACUAGUCUAUAUCCUUCAAAGCAGCUAAAUAAAUAAUCAGACAAGAAUCGACAUGAUGUUGAGCUUUAUAAUGACGC